UUGACUUAAGUCGUGGCCACUCGAAAGAGACGUUCGUGUUUAAUUUUACUCUUGCCAUAACGGUGAUGAUGGUGGCUUAUUUAUUAAACGUUUAAUAGUUUGGACCGAAAACGAAAGCUGUUAGUUAGUCAGUCUCGUUCGUCUUAUUUAGUUUGUUAAUCAAUCGUUAACCGGUUGAGAAGAAAAAUCUUCUUUUGAUCGUAAGAAAAAAAAAAUAAUAAUAAUAAAAAUCAUAAACGCACGUAAUACGGUGGAAUGUUUUGGUAAAUCGUUUUCUAAUUUUUUUUGAUAGUCUUUCGGUUGGUUUUUGGUGUUUUUCGUUGGCAUUGUGUUCUUUCUUAAGAGACUCUUAAAAUCAAAGUGUUGUCAAGUGUCUAAAGUUUGACUUUGGGUGCGAGUAAGUGAGUGAGUGUGUGUUCCACACUCAAUGUGUUAUAAUUUCCAUAACAACUUAAUUCAUUACCAGCAUCCAGGCACCACGAAAAAAAAAUAAACCAAAAUAAAAAAUUGUUUGGAACACCAUGCCGAGAGCAGAUCUUAAUGAAACCUUUAACAAAUGUGUGAAAAAAUUAUAAUAAAAAAAUCGUUUUAACAAAAAGAAACAAAAAGCUGAAAAAAGUGCGUGUUAAGCCAAAUACAAAAAAUCUAAACAAAAUUUAUUGUGUGAAUUUAAUUAAUUUUGUCUUAAAAUAAAACAAAAACCUAUAAAAUAAUUAUAAUAAUAAUUUAUUUAAAUUUAAAUGAUAUAUUAUCAAGUGUCAAAAUCAAUAUUAUUCUUGUCGUUGUCGAUCAGCAUAAUAUGAGACAACGACGCACGAGCACUGUCAAGACAUGUGGUAUAAACGUAAUAAGCUCUUGAUAUUUUUACUUUGGAUAAUGAAAAUAAGAUUAGUAUCCAGUUUUACAUCAUCACUUCUAUGUGCCCGUAUACCUGGCUUAACGCCCCAGCAGAGACAACUUUGCACUGAAUCUCCAGAUGCUUUGAUUGCCUUGGGCGAGGGUCAUCAAUUAGGCGCACAAGAAUGUCAAUAUCAAUUCAGAGGUCAUCGCUGGAAUUGUACACAAGUGUGGAAGAAAGAUGUGUUUGCACAUGUCAUGUUUGUGGGAUCUCGAGAAGCGGCUUUCACCUAUGCGAUUGCAAGUGCGGGGGCAGCUCAUGCAGUAACGGCGGCAUGUGCCAGAGGUAAUAUCUCGCUAUGUGGUUGUGAUGUCCGCCACAAGCCCACAUCGCGUAAAGGUUCACAGGCUGGUUUUGAUAGUGCACCGGGUGAGGCACAACAGCCCUGGAAAUGGGGCGGAUGUUCGGCGGACAUAGAAUUUGGUAUGAAAUUUGCACGCAAAUUUCUUGAUGCCCGCGAAAUAGAGGGAGAUGCCAGAAGUUUAAUGAAUUUACACAAUAAUCGAGCAGGAAGAAGGCUGGUGAAAAAUCUUUUAAAAACUGAUUGUAAAUGUCACGGUGUCUCGGGGUCUUGUGUUAUGAAGACCUGCUGGAAAAGUUUACCCUCAUUUCGUGUAGUGGGUGAUGUUUUGAUGAAAAAAUACACUAAAGCCAAAAUUGUUCAAGCCGCCAAAGGCAAAAAUGGACUGAAAUUAGUUUUAAGCAAAAAAAAUCGUGCCGGCAAGGUUAUGAAUUUUCCCAAACGCAUGGAUUUGGUUUAUUUGCAAACGUCACCCAACUACUGUGAACGCAAUAUGCUAGAAGGUGUACAGGGUACUCAGGGUCGUGUUUGUAAUCGCACCUUGCAUGGACCUCAAAGCUGUGAUUUACUUUGUUGUGGGCGUGGCUACAAUACACACUCAAUACGACGCACCACCCAGUGUCGUUGUCAAUUCAAAUGGUGCUGUCAAGUACAAUGUGAUGUCUGUGAAGAAAAUUACGAAGAAUUCACUUGUAAAUAAAACUAUUUUAAUAUAUUUAAUAAAAUAAAACUUAAUUUUAAUCUUGCACAAAAUUAAUUCAAUUUAUAUGUAAUUUUGGUUGUAAUUAUUUGUGUGUAUGUACUUAUUUUACUUAAUUAUUAUUAUUUCACUAUUAUUACGUUUAUAUUUUAUUAUUAGAUGUAGUUUUUUUCUAAAUGAAGCUAUUGUUGUUUAUAAGUUCGAAAUAGUUUAAUGAAAUUUUAACUUAUUUUUUUAUAAUUAGUUUUUGUAUUAGAUAUUGCAACAAAUAAAACAAAAAGAUAACGAAUAAUUAAUACGAAUGUAAAAAUUUAAAAAUAUAAA